AAAUCUAGAGUGGAAUAUUGAUAACGGCGGGAAAGAACUGAUUGAGAUGGUUCAAUUGUCGCAGGUGGAUGGCCUGGAACUCUGAGAUUGUCUGUUUACUUCGCACAACGCUUUGGUACACCAACUCGUCGGAGGAGGAAAAUAUGGGCUUGAUCAGGUGCUGGGAAGGUCUUGCGUCAAGAGCAAAGGACGUGUGGGAACAGAUUGUAAACGUAAGAAGUGUUGAAUCCUCGGGGCUUGAUGAACUGGAUAUCGUUGAGCAGAACCUUGAUUGAGAAUUGUUGUAAUUGUGUAAAGUAGUCGCAACUCUUCUUAUUGAUUUGCAAUGAGCCUCUUGAUCGCUUUGAUUGUGAGUUUCUCAAAAGACAACUUGCUAAAGUUUGUACGGUGCCAGUGUUGUUUGUUGGUUUCUUUUGUUGAGAGCUUCGACUUGAGGGUCAGAAGAACGAAGAAUUGUGACCUGGUAUUAGUAACGUUCAAUGAUCGGAUUCAAUGAUGUCAAUGUUGUGAGGAGGUGAAGAUGUAUUGGACUUCGAUAUUAUUGACUGUUGUUGAUUACAUAUCAAUUGAGUAGGGCGAAGUAUGUAAAGAGUUUUGAUGCGAGGAGGAGUGAGUGACUGGGUAAAAAAAAAGCAAAAGGUGCCAGACUCGUCUGGGAGUACAAUGAUGGAUG